AUGACUCUGUGUGGAUUAUCGGGCACUAAACCAAUCACGGUGAAGAACAAGUACCAUAUCCCGCUAAUGGUAGACUUGUUCGAUAGAUUGGGCGGUGUUAUAGUGUUCACCAAAAUAGACAUGAAGAUAGGUUACUGGCAAGUCCGAAUUACUGAGGAAGAUGAACACAAGGCGACCUGUGUAAUAAGACAUGGGUCGUACGACUUUCUGGCCAUGCCAUUCGGCUUAACUAAUGCUCCAGCCACAUUUUGCACCUUGAUGAACCAAGUCUUCCGAUAUUACAUUGAUGAAUUCGAAGUGGUCUAUUUCGAUGACAUUGUGGUAUAUAGCAAAAUAUUGGAGGAAUACUUGAAGCACCUGCGGAAGGUCCUAGCCCGACUGUGGGAGCAUAAAUUAUAUGUGAAGCUAUCCAAGUGCUCAUUAGGCCAAAAGCAUAUCGACUUCCUCCGACAUGUCAUCGAGGAAGGGCGGAUAAAGAUGGGCCAACGGAAGAUUCAGGGUGUCACAGAUUGGUCGCCACCUAAGGAUAUCAACGCCUUAAGGGUGUUCCUUGGCCUAUGCAACUUUUAUCGGUGA